AUGCACCUUGAGAAGCCGUACCAACUUUUCCUGUGCAAUAAAGUGAAAGAGUUAGAGCUUGGGAAGCAGGGUCCAGCGGCUCUCCAGUGCUUCCCAUCUCCCCAGAGCAUACACUCGAGUCCUUUCCAAGGCCCUCUUCUGGCCCCAUCUCCUUCCGUUGUCCCCUCAGCCACCCUCCCAGGCACCCUCUGGCCCCCGGGCUUUCCUCUAAGGCAAACGCCCAAGCUCUGCUCUCAGUGCUGUUCCCGGCUACCCACAGGGCUUGCGUCCUCCCACUUCUUUUGGACCCCUUUCUAUGCCCCCUAUGAAUCCACUUGGGCUGCCAUAACAGAGGACCACAGCCUGGGUGACUUAACAGAAAUUUAUUUUCUCACAGCGGUGGAGACUGGAAGUCCAAGAUCACGGUGUCAGCAGGACUGGAUUCCUCUGAGGGCUGUGAGGGAAGGACCUGCCCCAGGCCUCUCUCCUGGGCUGGCAGUGGUGGAAGCACAGCUUGGGGGUGAUCUGUUGGAGCCCAGCAGCUGGAACGUGGCCUGUGGAAUCUGUCCAGUCUGGGUUCAAGUCCUCACUUGCCACUUCCCAGAUUCGUCUUCUAAGGAAUAUUCUAUUUCAUCUGUGUGGUACAACUGAAAAGGAGCAGCUCGUGGGGUGUGUGACAUUACUCAACCUGGCUUCAUCACACGAGCACCCUACAGAAGUCAGACCUGCUCAGCAGAGGAGUCAAGGCCCUAGUCCCAA